AGAAGGAAGAGAGGAUCGCCGGCACACUGGGGAGGAGGCUGGCCGGGAGGUGUGGGGAGAGGCGGGGAAGCGGAGUGAGGGGAGAGGAGGGAGCGGCGCUCCUUGCUCUCCGGCGCCCGGUGGAGUGGGAGGAUGAGCAGCGGGGACGGCGGUGAGGGCCGGGCGGGCGCCAUCAGCUACGCUCUGCCCUCCAUCCCCUCCAACAAACUCCCGGACUUGCGUUUCAUCAGCCGCGGCGCUUACGGGACCGUGUCCGCCGCCCGCCACGCCGACUGGAGGGUCCCAGUGGCCCUCAAAUGCCUGCAGGGGCCGCUGCUAGACAGUGAUAGAAAUCACCUUCUAAAAGAAGCAGAGAUAUUACACAAAGCCAGAUUUAGUUACAUUCUGCCAAUUUUGGGAAUUUGCAACGAGCCUGAAUUUCUGGGGAUAGUAACAGAAUACAUGACAAAUGGAUCAUUAAACCAGCUAUUACAUGGGAAAGACAUAUAUCCUGACAUUCCCUGGUGCCUGAGAUUCCGCACUCUUUACGAAAUUGCUUUGGGAGUAAACUAUUUGCACAACAUGAAUCCUCCACUGCUGCACCAUGACUUAAAAACCCAGAACAUUUUGCUGGAUGAUGAGUUUCAUGUCAAGAUUGCAGAUUUUGGCAUGUCCAAGUGGCGUGUCAUAUCCAUGUCACAAUCACGAAGUGAAUCCUCUUUGCCAGAAGGAGGGACAAUUAUCUACAUGCCACCUGAAGACUACAACCCCAGUCAGAAAACCCGGGCAAGUGUGAAACAUGAUAUCUACAGUUAUGCAAUUAUCAUGUGGGAAGUGAUGUCAAGGAAACAGCCAUUUGAAGAAGUUAUAAACCCCUUGCAGAUAAUGUACAGCGUGUCACAAGGACAACGACUAGACUUAAGUGAAGAAAGUUUAUCAAUGGACAUUCCUCAUCGAGUGCUCAUCAUAAGACUGAUGGAAAGUGGAUGGGCACAAAACCCAGAUGAAAGACCAUCAUUCUUAAAAUGUUUAAUAGACAUUGAGCCAGUUCUGCGGACAUUUGAUGAAAUAGCUAUGCUGGAAGCAGUAAUUCUGUUAAAGAGAUCAAAGUCACUAUAUGAAUCACAAGGUAUUUACAAGAGUGCAAAGAAAGCAAAUGUGGAGCAGAUUUCUCUAAAUAUACCUCUGAAUCCCCAAAAGGAAACAUAUUCUGGCUCCAUACAAUGUGAUGCACUUCCCCUUCGGAGCAUCUCUCCAGAUAUAUCAAAACUCAAGUCUAUCCCACAGUGUAAUAUCCUUUCAUCAGAUGGAAAUUCUGGGUGUCUAUACUCUCUCAGCAGCCAGAGCAUGGAUGACAAUAUCUCUGUAACUCAGAGUGCCAAACUUCUUGUGCAUCCAUGCACAAGUAAUGUUCCCUCAUCUGACAGGAGUAUUUCAGAUGCCUCGAAGUCUGCAUCGUGUAUACUGCAGUCACCACUGAUUCCUUCAGAUUUUGUAUUGGAAACCAUACAGCAGAAUGUAGCUCAUCAGUGGAUCCAAAGUAAAAGAGAAGAAAUUAUUGAUCAGAUGACUGAAGCAUGUUUGAAUCAAUCACUGGAUGCUCUUCUAGCAAGAUUUUUACUCAUGAAAGAAGAUUAUGAACUUAUAAGCACCAAACCUACAAGGACAUCAAAAGUACGACAACUGCUUGAUACUUCAGACAGCCAAGGAGAGGAAUUUGCCAGAAUUAUAGUACAAAAGUUGAAAGAUAACAAACAGCUAGGACUUCAACCUUAUCCAGACAUUGUAUCUAAUUCUCAAAGACUGCAUCCUUAAAUUUAUUCUCUUUAUAUGAAACCAUGUGAAUAUUUCUUACAAUAUGAUUCUUUUUUCUAUAUAGUAGUUUUAUAUUUGUGCUGCUUUGUCCUCACAAUGCCUUUGUAGUCUCAGAAAUGACACUGAGUUCAUCUAGCCUGCAUUUGGUGAGUGACCAGUUAAUCAGUUGGAGUGCAAUGAUAAAGCUGAACAUUUGGCACUCUUUUACUCACUUUUUUAAAGUAUUUUGUUUAUACAUGACAAAGAAAAACAUUAAAUGUUCCCUGUUUUACAUAUUUGCUGUUCAUACAUAGCCUUUCCUUUCACCUGACAGGAUUGAGACAACUCAUCUCAACGUGCAGUAUUUGUUUUUCUCCCUCCAUCUACUCUUUCCCAUGGAGGAGGGAAAUAAUCUAGCUGCUCUAUUCUGGGGUUAUUAUGCUGUGCGUAUAAUAAAUUUUCUUCCUUAAGCCAUGCAGGAGAAGAGUGAUAGGUGGGAGGAAGUUUGCAUUGCAUUUUUACAGGAUUUUUUUUAUUGUUUUGUUUUCUUUUCCCCAUUUUAUUGCCAUGGCAAGCGCUUCAGACCACUGCACAAGAAGAAUGUCAGUCCAAAGAGAAGCCUUGAGGGCAAGGAGGAUAUUAUGUUUGCCAUCUUUGUUCUGCUCAGAACUGAUACAUUAGAAAGGCUGCAGCUACAGCCUUUUACAUUAUUUGGUUACAACUGCUUAAACUUAAACUAUUCCUGAAAUCAUAGUAGGAUGAGAUCCAGGUAGAGGUUAUAUAAGGACAUCCUCAGUUAAUACCUCUUUUACAUUUCCUUGGUUAAUACCUCCCUUACCUUUGUCAUCUGCCACAAAAUCAUGUUACCAGACCAAACUUCUAAUUAAAUUUUAUUUUUAGUAUUUAUGUGAUGAGCAGUAGUUGGGUCUGUACAAGGAACAACCAUGCACUACCCUGCCCUGCCAGGCUGGAAGUGAUGUGCAUGGGUCUCUCCUGCCUUAACCUUCUCUGGACAACAUAUCUGCCAUCAUUUUUUGUCUGAAGGAUGGUGCUAACAGGUUGAGCCAUAGAUGGGGCCACCUGAAAGGAAAAGGUACGUGGAAUUUUUUUUCAGCUCAUUUCAGAACACCUUAGUGACUUUACCUAGUGACUUCAAAACUACUAAAAAAACUACUGGUUUUAAUUUGUCAGAACACAGCACAGGCAGAUUAUUUUUGCAAGCACUAAUAAAUAAUUUCAGUUUCUGCUGACACUGUAUAAAAUUUGGUAAGUGAUGGCUGUUUCAAAACCUGUAGAAGCUUCAAAACCUAUAUAGCAGGAAGCCGCAUUGCAGUGAUUCAAGCUUCAGUGUGGUCGUUACUAGGUGCCAACAGCUUACUUUUUUCAAUAUCUUUAUUAUUUUGUGAACUGAAUCACAAGAGUUCAAUGUAUAGUUUAUUGCGUAGAAAAGGAGUGGUUUAAAAUUCUA